AUGGCUGGCCGGUUCGUGCGCGCGUCCAAGUAUCGACACGUCUUCGGAAAGCCGACCAGGAAGGAGUUCUGCUACGAUAACCUCCAUAUCAGUAGGAAUGCCUGGGACACGAACCUCAUAAAGGCGAAUCCCGAGUACCUCUCCGUCAAUUGGGAGUCUGGCGGCGGCGGCGCGUUCGCGGUCAUUCCUCUCAACGAGCGCGGAAAGCUGCCUGAUCAGAUACCGCUGUUUCGCGGCCACACUGCCGUGGUGCUGGAUACGGACUGGCACCCCUUCAACGACCACAUUAUCGCAUCCGGUUCCGACGAUGGCAAGAUCUUCAUAUGGCAGGUCCCGCAGAACUUCACCCUCUUCACUGACGCCGAGGAGCCUGCUGAUGUUGCGCCCGUGAGCAAGCUGACUGGCCAUACGAGAAAGGUCGGUCAAGUCCUCUUCAAUCCCGCCGCCGAGAACAUCCUCGCCUCUGCCUCUGGCGACUACACCAUCAAGCUGUGGGACAUUGGCACCGGCCAAGCCCCACUGAAGCUCCAGCACAACGACAUCGUCCAGUCCCUUUCGUGGAACGCGAGCGGUAACCUGCUCGUAACGACCUCGAGGGACAAGAAGCUGCGCGUGUGGGAUGUCCGCCAGGAGAAGCCCGCGCACGUGGGACCAGGCCACGAGGGCGCAAAGAACAGCCGCGCUGUGUGGAUGGGCGAGCACAACCGUAUUGCGACCACGGGCUUCUCGCGCAUGAGUGAUCGCCAGAUCGCACUGUGGGAGCCCGGUCAGGACAAGCCCAUCGGUGGGUUCACGAACCUGGACUCGAUCUCAGGCGUGUGUAUGCCGUUCUGGGAUGACGGCACCAACUGCCUUUACCUUGCCGGCAAGGGUGAUGGCAAUAUCCGCUACUUCGAGUACGAAAACGACAAGUUCGAGUUCCUGUCCGAGUACAAGUCUGGAGACCCACAAAGAGGCGUUGCUUUCCUCCCUAAGCGCGGUGUGAACCUGCACGAGAACGAGGUCAUGCGCGGGUUCAAGACCGUCAACGACCUUUACAUUGAACCUAUCUCGUUCACCGUUCCUCGCCGGGCCGAGACCUUCCAGUCCGACAUCUACCCACCAUGCACAGGUCUCAAGCCUGCCAUGUCCGCGCAAGACUGGCUCUCGGGAAAGACGGGCCUGCCUGCCAAGAUCGACCUCGAGAGCGUGUACGAGGGCAAUGCUCCCAAAGAGGUCGCUGCCGACUACAAGCCUCCUUCAGCGGCACCGGCGUCCGCUCCUAGCCCUGCUGCUAAGCCUGCGCCCAAGGAACCCGAGCCGUCGCCCGUCGCUGCCCGCGCACCUCCGCCGUCCAUGGCGCAGCAGAAGGGCUCCAUGGCUGCGGCAGCGUCCAGGUUCGCUGACAAGGACGACGAGGAGGACGACGAGGCCGAGACCUCGAGCUUUGAGGAGGUGCAGAAGCCCACACCGAGAGCCUCCCUGCCCAUCCGCUCAGAACCCGCAAAGCCAGCGUCUCCCCUCAAGAGCAGCGCGCCGGCCGCCUCCAUAUCACAAGGCCAGCCUCCUUCGCCGGUCAAGGCCACACCACCAGCAGCGUCGGUGCCUCAGGCCUCCUCCUCAUCCUCUGGACUGCACACGCCCUCGGUCGAGACGUCGCUGGAGCAGAUCAAGCAGCUCAUCGAGGCCCAGACCAAGAUCAUCACGGCGCAGGGCGACAAGCUGAACAAGCAGAGCGAGGCGAUCAGCCAGCUCACGGGCGAGGUCGAGACGCUCAAGAAGAGAGUGGUUUCGGCAGGGAGCAGCCAGGACCAGGUCGAGAGGAUCCGUCAGCUGGAGCUAGAGCUGGAAGAGGCGAGGUCUUGAAAGGAAUUCCCGCCGGGAGGAGGUUAGGAAAAGAGGGGGAGGGGGGCACGACCGUUCUUGCAACUUUGCAACGUUGAGCAUGCUGUCGAGUGUGUUUUCUGUGUGUGAUUGGCACUCCCAAAGGCCGAGAGAAAAGAAGAAAGGGACAAAUCGUACCGCCAGAAGAGGGAGAAAGAGAGGUCUUGCCUUUUUUGUACUUAUACUCGGUGCGUGAAAGAGAGGGGGAGAGUGAGUCAGUGACAAUAAAAUCCCAGAAGCCAGGGCGGAGUUAGCAUGGUCCAAAUACGUGCAUUUGAUCC